GCUAUGGGAGCAAAAGGCAGAGGAGUCGUUGAAUACUGGGGCUGUGACCCAAAAGACGUAGAUGUUCUCAUGGGCACAUUCACAAAAAGUUUCGGUGCAUCUGGCGGAUAUAUUGCAGGGUCUAAAAAACUUGUUGAUCAUCUGCGGGUAAACUCUCCUACCGGCUGCUACUCGAGUCCAAUGUCACCCCCAGUCGCACAACAAAUAAUCACAUCAAUGAACAUUAUUAUGGGAAAAGAUGGAACAAAUGACGGUGCUCGUCGUAUCGAAAGACUUGCAAGAAAUUCUCGCUACUUCCGGCUACGAUUAAAACAAAUGGGAUUUAUUGUUUACGGCAGCGACGAUAGUCCAGUAGUUCCAGUCAUGCUCUACUAUCCAGCCAAAUGCGGGUUCUUGACGCUGUUAGCGAGGUUGCAGAUCUAUCGAGCACAAAAUAUUCGAGUAGGAAACACUUAUAUGCGAAUCGGAAGAUUGAAUGGUGAAGAGGUCAAUACCUAA